AUGAGUUGCAAGUGCAACCUCCACGCCAAUGUGUGUGUGAUGGACAAGGACAAGCUGAGCUGCGCGUGUGAGCACAACACCACGGGCCCUGACUGCGGCCGCUGCAAGAGGAACUACCAGGGCCGUGCCUGGAGCGCCGGUUCCUACCUCCCCAUUCCCAAGGGCACAGCUAAUAUAUGUAUCCCUAACAACGUGGGUCCAGUGAACUGCGAGUGCUUCGGCCAUUCCCACCGCUGCAGCUACAUCGAGCUGCUAAACACCGUCAUUUGCGUGAGCUGUAAGCACAACACUAGGGGGCAGCACUGCCAGCUCUGCAAGCUGGGCUACUUCCGCAAUGCGUCGGCGGAGCUCGAAGACGAGAAUGUGUGCAUAGACUGUAAUUGUAACCCCUAUGGCUCAGUCAGUGAUCGCUGUGAUGGCACAGGAUAUUGUAAAUGUAAGGAGGGCACUACAGGGCCCAAGUGUCGGGAUUGUCUGAGCGGCUUUUUGUGGGACAAUGGCUGCAAACCCCGGGUGUGUGACCAGGAGUUGCUGCGCUGUCAGAACGGGGGCCUGUGCCAGGACCACCAGCGCUGCCAGUGCGCCGGGGGCUACUCGGGGGUCCUGUGUGAGAAGCACCGCUGCGAGGCGGAGCUGGGCCCCGGCUGCGACGGAGGGACGGGCGUCGACUCUGGCCAGGCUCCUCCCCCCUCGGCCCCGAGGCCACUCCUGGUCCUCGUGAUGACCACCGUGAUGAUGUUGGUGACGACGAUGAUGAUGAUAAUGGAUGCUUGAGGCGUGACUACAGGGACCCCCCGACCCCCCCGACCCCCUAACCCCCCCACCCCACCCUGUCCGCACCCAUCCCCUCCCCCCGGCCGGCCCAGCGACAUGCGCACGCUAGCAGUAUCCCCCCUAUUCCUCCCCUUCCCCCCCCGGUCCUCUCUCCUCUCUCUGCCUCUGAAUGCUCCUCCUUAAAGGCGAGUUCGCCCUUCUUUCUGCAGGGGGAGGGCGAGGCAGCCAGGAGAGAGCGUUUUGUCGCGUCUGCUUAGCCCGGGCGCAGGGGACUCACAGACAAUGAGUUGAACGUGCCCAGCCGAUGAGCACAGCGACAACAAAUAAACUCUAUGUUUGAGUUGAAGAAGAAUAUAUCAAUAAAGUAUCUAUAUAGAUAAAUAUAUAUAGAAUGGAAAUAAUGCAAAUGAUGAAGACAAACGAAAAUAUUGGAAAAAAAAUGAGAGUAAAAAGCAACCGAGCAACGCUUGCAUCGACGUACAGAGACGUGUGAGACUUGGGAGCCAUACCCACUACUGUCGUCCCUCGGUCUAGGGACAGGGAUAACUGGAGAGUUAAAGACUUCUGCGCCUCCUCUGUGAUCCACACGCCUGCAGUAAGGUGCUGCCAAUCAGCUGCGGGGAACGAGCCCUCCUCUCCAAACGCUUGUGUGGAAAAAAUACAUCGGCUGGACUGCUUCUGGUGUCAGCUACAUGCCCCAGAUCUCCUCGAAACGAAUGAUAGACUGAAACAUAAUGUCUAUAAAUAAGAUAAAACAUGGAAAACAAUGGAAACAAGAUUAUAUGAAAAGAAGGAUGAAAGCAUUCUCUGCUGUCAGUGCAUUGUGGAUAUAAGGAAAACCAAUCCGGAUCGCCACUUUGUGCCGUGUUGAAAUUCCUUCUCACGUCAAGUCUCUCGUUUGUACUCUUUCCACCUUUCACCUUCUCUCUCUCUCUCUCUCUCUCUCUCUCUCUCUCUCUCUCUCUCUCUCUCUCUCUCUCUCUCUCUCUC